ACAGCGCCGUUCGCGGAAGUGGGGCAAAAGUCACGGCGGAGCGUUUCACGGCAGAUCCGCAGACUGGCACAGUAGAAAAAACAUCACCUCAGUCAUCAUAAACACAAAAACAUACAUCACCUGAAGAUGCCUGCGCCUUUGACUUUCGACGGCAGAGUGGUGCUGGUGACCGGAGCCGGAGGAGGUUUGGGGAGGGAAUACGCUCUGGCGUUCGGUCAGAGAGGAGCCGCUGUCAUCGUCAAUGAUCUGGGAGGAGAUAUUAAAGGAGGUGGCAGGAGCUCAGCGGCCGCUGAUAAAGUGGUGGAGGAGAUCAGAGCUAAAGGGGGCAAAGCCGUGGCCAAUUACGAUUCAGUGGAAGACGGGGAGAAGCUCAUCCAGACGGCGCUGGACACAUUUGGCCGAAUAGAUAUCGUGGUGAAUAACGCUGGGAUUCUGCGGGACCGAUCGUUCGCCAGGACCAGCGACGUAGACUGGGACCUGAUUCACCGCGUGCACCUGAGGGGCUCCUUCCUGGUCUCGAGGGCCGCCUGGAACCACAUGAAGAACCAGAAGUUUGGGAGGAUCAUCAUGACGUCGUCCGCGGCGGGAAUCUACGGUAACUUCGGUCAGGCCAACUACAGCGCGGCCAAGCUGGGUCUGCUGGGUCUGUCCAACACGCUGGCCAUCGAAGGACAGAAGUACAACAUCCACUGCAACACCAUCGCUCCGACCGCAGGAUCCCGCCUCACCGAGACCGUCAUGCCUCCAGACCUGGUGCAGUCUCUGAGGGCCGAGUACGUGGCUCCGCUGGUGCUGUGGCUGUGUCAUGACGCGUGUCCGGAGAACGGAGGACUGUUCGAGGUCGGCGCCGGAUGGAUCGGAAAAUUGCGCUGGGAGAGGAGUCUGGGUCGAAUCGUGCGGCAGAAGAAUGAGAGCAUGACGCCGGAGGCCGUGCGAGACGCUUGGAGCGAGAUCUGUGACUUCACUGACGCCAGCAGACCCUCCAGCAUCCAGGAGUCGCUGCAGACGCUGGUGGAGGUUCUGUCCAGAGUGGAAGAUGAACGUGGAAUCAGAGCCAAUCCGACCGGAGCCACCGCCGGCACUAACCCUUCGUCGGCUGUGGGUCAGACGCUGCCGGAGAUGAGCUUCUCGUACACACACAUGAACUGUAUCCUGUACGCUCUGGGCGUGGGGAUGUCCACCAGAGAGCCUGACCACCUCAAGUUCCUGUACGAAGGCCACGAGGACUUCAGCUGUCUGCCCACGUUUGGAGUGAUUCCGGCCCUGAGCGCCAUGACGGGCCUCGGCAGCGUCCCGGACCUCAACAUCGACUUCACCAGGCUGCUGCACGGAGAGCAGUAUCUGGAGAUGUUCAGAGCGCUGCCCACCUCAGGGACUCUGACGUCUCGGGGCUCGGUGGCAGAUGUGCUGGAUAAAGGGUCAGGAAUGGUCAUCCUGCUGGACGUGCAUACGUACAGCGAGGGUGAGCUGGUGUGUUAUAAUCAGUUCUCGGUGUUCAUCGUCGGCGCUGGAGGAUUCGGGGGGAAGCGCACGUCCCAGAAGGCUGUGGUCACAGCUGCUCCUCCAGACAGAGCUCCAGACGCUGUGAUUGUAGAUCAGACAUCGAGAGAUCAGGCGGCUCUGUACAGACUGAGCGGGGACUGGAACCCGCUGCACAUCGACCCCAGUUUCGCCGCAAUGGGAGGGUUCAAGUCUCCCAUCCUGCAUGGCCUGUGUUCGUUUGGCUUCGCCGCUCGUCACGUUCUCAAGCAGUACGCCGCAAACGACGUGUCCAGAUUCAAGUCCAUCAAGGUGCGUUUCGUGAAGCCCGUGUAUCCGGGACAGUCUCUGCAGACGGAGAUGUGGAAGGAAGCGAACAGGAUUCACAUCCAGUGCAAGGUGAAGGAAACAGAACAUGUUCUCCUCACUUCAGCACACACACACACCCACACAGAUGCGUCGGUCAGCGGCGGGUCACCGCAGGCACGUCUGCACACACACACACACACACACACACACACUCUGAGAUCAGACUCGCUCGGAGCAGACCGUGAUGAUGCUGUUCGUUCACAGACCGGCGGCCUGCAGAGCGACCUGGUGUUCGCUGAGAUCGGACGCAGGAUCAGAGACGCGGGUCAGGAGCUGGUGAAGAAGGUCAACGCUGUGUUCGGAUGGGAGAUCAGCAGAGACGGCAGAACCGUCCGAGAGUGGACCAUGGAUCUGAAGACGGGUGGAGGAUCUCUGCGCAGCGGAGCCUCUAAAGCAGACGUGAUCUUCACCGUCUCAGACGAGGACUUCAUGGAGGUGGUGAAGGGCAAGCUGAACCCUCAGAAGGCGUUCUUCUCCGGCAAGCUGAAGGUCAGAGGGAACAUCAUGUUGAGCCAGAAGCUGGAGGCCGUGCUGAAGGACUACGCCAAGCUCUGAAGAUCCUCGCCGUCGCUCAGAGCUGAUGAAGGAGAAUCAUCUCCACUAAUGAGAGCCCUGAACGUCUGACCUGCUUCAAAUGAUUCUCUUACGCAGUCUAGAGUCUUGUGUUCUAGAAUAAAUAUCUAAACAUUCUGGAAUCAAGAUGCAUUUACUGUACAAGUAAAAUGAAGUCCGGUUUUCUAAAAAAAUAAAAUAAAAAUGGUGUUAGUUUUUGCUUAAAACAAGCAAAAAGAUCUGAUAAUGGGGCAAGAAACAAUCUUGUUUAGCCUUUGAUUUCAGAUUAUUUUUCGUGAAUCAUUGGUAGAUAUUUCUGCUUGUUUUAAACAAAAACUAACACAAAUUUUUUUUUUUUUUCAGAAAAUAAGGCAUCUGAAGUCAUUUCACUUGUACAGUAAAUUCAUCCUGAUUCAAGAGUUCUUCGAUAUUUAUAUUA